UGGCUGAGUGUUCUCGAGUUGUAUCAAAGAUAGGAUCGAGCGCUACGGUUACUGAUGUUGGCCUUGUAGGGAUAGCCAUUAUGCCGGAGAGGAUUAUUCGGGAGGAUGUAAAGAUAGGGGAUGGGAUGAUGAUCGAUUCGGAUAGUCAGGAUGAUUGUGUGACCAAGGCAGUGAGAACGGUGGAGCAGAAGCUGACUACGGAGGAACAUGAGAUUGUGAUGGUCUAUGAUUAUGUGAGUGGUUCCUCAGGCAGUUCUAGCACGCCAUCCUUUACUCUUACUCCGUAUUCACCGAUAUCCUAUGAGUCAGAUCAGGAGGAUUAUGAGGAUCCACCGAUUUCUCCAUACAUUUCGGAGGCUGUCGUUCAUUCUCCCGAUAGCACUUUUGCACUGUUAUGGGAGGGCACGUCCCCCAUACUCCAUUUUGCGGCUGACAUGAGGGCUGACGCUAUUCCGUCAGUUGGUGACGGCACCACGUCAGGUAUACAUAUACCAUACUGCUUUAUAUAUGGCGAAGAUGGACGUUACCCGCAGGAUUGUCGGUUCUAGACAGAGUACAUGUCCAUGACCGUUGUCUGUCUCUAUUGUUGUGAGUACGGACACUAUGCUGCUACAUGUAUGUUGUUGAGAGAUUAUGCUCAGAUUCCUGCACCAACCCAUAGUCCCCCGUCUCACGCAAUUAGUCCAUCAUCCCCACCGAUUCCCGCUACCAAUGAUGAUCUUUUCUUGGAUGUACCUGUUCCAGGUGUAGUUUAGGGUUACCGUGAUUCCCUUAGGAGUCCUAACUUUAGUAAAUAUUAGGAAACUAACCCCUUUUUUGAUGUAUAGCGGCGGCUACAGGAGAGCCAAUAGUAACCUUCGUUACAAUGUGAUAUCUUUUUGAUGAUGUCUGUAGGCUUGAAUAAGUGGGUGUGUACGAUAGUCAAAACCACCUCUUUUCCACUUAUGGUUGUUAACUUUUGUUAUGUUAUAUUAUGUUUAUACAAAUGUUGUUUUGUGUGAUUGCUUGAUUUACUUUCAAGUUAUUAAUGCGUUUAUAUGUGUUUGUUUCGUUUCGUACUUAACCAAGUAUCAAAUCCUUGAAGCCUUGCCCAAAGAAGUUAGAAAGUCUAGAAAACGGGAAGACCAUUUCAAAAGAGUUAGGAAAGAACCAUAAAAGUUAGGAUGGAACCUUAGGAUUCGUAGACCAAACCUAGUAGUAUUAGGAAGCCGAGAAGUUAAAGUCGUUAGCUAACCGUAUGAGGUGACGCUAAAAAAAAGUUUUCACAAACAAAGAAAAGAGAGAGAUGGAGUCUGUUAGUUUAAAG